CGUUCGCGUCGGCAACCACCGCCGCCGCACUCUCACUCCGACCCGCCCUCUACGUCCGUUUACGUUUUCGUCGCAGGCACAACGCACAAGGCGGCAGGCAGGCAGAGGCGAGGCACUGAGGCAGUGCGACGCGCGACAAUUGCGAGACACAACACGCGACGUCCGCUCGCCGUACUCGUUUCCGCAGACACGAUCUCGUCCGCUCGAUGCCAGACUCGUCGUAGAUCCGGACAUACCAACGUGGAGGAAAGCAAUGCACUAUUGGUCAAGGUGGAGCGAAACAGCUCUAGCCAUUACGACCAACCUGACUCUGGGUUAUAUGGCCACAACAGUAGUAGUUUUGAGGAUAUUGAGAACGGCAACAUUACAGCAGUCCCUUUCAUGGAUGAGACAACUUCAUUAUCCCAAAAUGCCAUACUAAUACCAUUAACCGGARCAACUCCACCUCAAAAUCAUGACGAACCAUUCAGUACAAAUGCCUAUAAAACACUCAAAAGAGGCAUUUCACAUGCUACAGAUAAUGUGAACAUUGUUUCACAAGCAAGAUCAGAAUUGAUAUUUAUAGACAACACUGAAGAUGAACUACAAAUUGUUGAAACUCCGGUUUAUACAUUUAUUCUCCCUGAUUUGUCACAACUUGAAGAAAAAUUUAGAAUGUUCAUUGAAAAAGAUUUGAUAGCAGUAGCAAUGCAAAGUUCUCUCGAGCAAGCUUCAAGACUGAAUUGGUGGACUGGAUUUUGUCAAAGGCUUUGGCCACUUUCGACAUCUGGGGAUGGCAACUGUCUUUUGCACGCUGCUUCGUUGGGUAUUUGGGGAUUCCAUGAUCGAUUAUUAAAUUUGAGGCGUGCUUUGCACUCAUUCCUCAGUAAUGGUCCAGCUCGACAUUCAUUGUGGCGGCGUUGGCAACGACAACAAACUAUUAUGAAUUCAUUAUUUGGGCUUGUAUAUACUGAACAAGAAUGGCGCAGAGAAUGGAACGCAAUUGUUAACAUGGCUUCCACCGUUCCUCGUAUGCGGAAACAAAGUGCAUCAAGUGGAAAUGCAGACACUGAAGGAUACAUUUAUGAGAGCCUAGAAGAAAUUCAUGUUUAUGCUUUGGCACAUGUAUUAAAAAGACCUAUUAUUGUCAUAGCAGAUACUAUUCUUAAGGAUAUGAAUGGUGAAGCCUUGGCUCCUAUACAGUUUGGAGGUAUUUACUUGCCCCUAGAGUGUUACCCGUGUGAUUGUCAUCGUUCUCCUUUGUUAUUAGCAUAUGAUGGAGGACAUUUUUCAGCUUUGGUUGCUAUGGAAACACCAAAUUCAACUCUUUCAUGUGCUAUACCUUUAGUGGAUUCAAAUGGUGAACUCUUACCAAUACAGUUUCCUGUUGACCCCGGUGAAAAUGAUCAUCCUCCUGAUAAAAAUCAAGAACUGUCGUUUACAGAUUCAUUGUCGUUAUUGAACAGUUACUUAGACAUUGUAAAACUUGACCCUCAAGGUAACAACGACACUACUGGGAAAAAUGGUCUUUUUGGUAGUCUGGGACGUUCCGUAGGGAAUAAAUUAAAAUCAAAACUGUCUAGGACGAAUUCAGUAAAAAAUCUAUCGGCAAUAUCACCUCAAGCAAAGUAUACGUAUUGUGCCCUGAUUAACUCAGACAAAAAACACGAAUAUCACGAUGUGAUGAUUAAAAACUACUUAAGGACAGCAGCCGAGCGUUUUCAGCAUUCACCAUAUGUGAGUCAAAACUAUCUUAUUAAAGACUUAAUUUUAGGACACUAUUCAAAACAGUAUUAAAGGGAGGGGGAAACUUAG